AUGGCACAAGCAAUCAUCAGCCCUGACUUCUGCAGCUCUUACUCUGUUGAUCUUAGAAUUGUCAGACUAGUUCCUUCCGGCGACUUUUCAGUCAAGGAUGUUAUUGGCAAAACUGUUUUCAAAAUCAAAGGAACAUUUUUCAGCUUGCACGACCGUCGAGUCAUAGUUAACGGUGCAGGGUAUCCCAUUGUCACUCUCCAAAAGAAGUGGAUAAGCACACAUCAUAGAUGGAAAAUUUAUAGGGGUGAUAGCACGGAUUCGAGGAAUCUGAUUUUUAGUGUUAAGAAAUCAUCGGUGGUUCAGUGGAAGACGAAUUUGCACGUUUUCUUAGCACAUAAUCAAGCAGAGCAUACCCCUGACUUCAAGGUGAAAGGAAGUUGGUUUGAACGAUCGUGUGUUGUAUUUGCUGGGAAAUCCAAGUCCUCCAACAUCGUUGCUCAAGUAAGAAUUAAUUACACAGUUACAAGCGUGUUGUUUGGGAAGGACAAUUUUAGGGUUACAGUGUAUCCAGGUGUUGAUCAAGCUUUCAUCGUUGCGCUUAUUGUCAUUCUUGAUGAGAUAAACUCCAGUGGUUCUGGUAGUUCUGGUUCCGGGGACGGAGACUAA